AUGGAAGACAAUAGGCAACAGGACACCAAGACUCCCAAGGUCCACUCGUGGAAGGAGGUGCACCGCGAGAAGUGGCUAGGGCUCAGCCAGAUCAAUUGGGAGGACAACAAGGGCCGGCACCGCGUGUGGGAGGCUGUCACGCGCACCACCAAGCAGACCGGUGUGGUCGAUGCCGUGGACAUCAUCGCGAUUGUGCGGAAGGAUGGCGAGGAGGAUCGCAUUGUCAUCAUCUCACAGUUCAGGCCACCCACAGAGAAGGUCUGCCUCGAGAUCCCUUCAGGCCUCGUCGAUGCGGGCGAAACGGCCGAACAGGCCGCGCUGCGUGAGCUCAAGGAGGAAACGGGAUACAGAGGCACUGUCGUGGGAGUCAGCCCGGACACCUGCUACGAGCCCGGCCUCACCAGUGCCACGUGUGCAGUCGUCCAAGUCUUGAUCGAUGGCAAUCUCGAGGAGAACAUCCACCCUGUGCCUGAGAUGGAGGACGGCGAGUGCAUUGCCACGAGGCUGGUGCCCCUCAGCCAACUGCUUGUCACCCUCAACCGACUCAUGAGGGAAGAGGGCAUGACCGUUGACGCCAAGGUGUGGACGCUCGCCUGCGGCCUCAAUUUCGCCCAGUCCUUCCCGCCCCGCCCAUGA